AUUGUAUACUAACACAAAACAACACACACAAAAACACACUCUUUUGUAUAUAUAUGUGAGUGUGUGUGUGUGUAUGUUUAAAGUCAAGAAAACAGCCAAUCAGAAGUGAUAUUACCUCACAAGAUGACAAAAAUGUUGAGAUAUAAAUAGAGAAGCCAACGCCUUGCAAACAUUUCAAACACUCACUCCUCUCCUCUUAGCAUUUCUCUCUUCACCACCUAAAGAAAAAAAACAAGACAAAAAACCAGAAUUUGAUCAGUAAUUUAUCUUAAGCUCCUUGAUCACUCUUUACCCAAAAAAGAAAAGAAAAGAAAAGAAAAUGGUGGGCGCAUACAGCAGCACUGAUCUUCCUCCCGGUUUCAGAUUCCAUCCCACUGAUGAAGAACUGAUCAUGUUCUAUCUCAAGAACCAGGCUACAUCAAGAACCUGCCCGGUUUCGAUAAUACCGGAAGUCGAUAUCUACAAAUUUGAUCCAUGGGAGUUGCCUGAGAAAGCAGGAUUUGGAGAGAGUGAGUGGUACUUCUUCAGCCCCCGAGACAGGAAGUAUCCGAACGGGGUUCGCCCGAAUCGAGCAGCUGUUUCCGGGUACUGGAAGGCUACAGGCACAGACAAGGUGAUCUACAGCAGAUCAAAAUUUGUAGGUGUGAAGAAGGCUCUUGUUUUCUACAAGGGGAAGCCGCCGAAGGGCGUCAAGACUGAUUGGAUCAUGCACGAGUAUAGACUGGGCGAAUCGAGGCCGCAUCCGAGCAAGCAGAAUGGCUCCAUGAGGUUGGAUGAUUGGGUUCUAUGUCGGAUCUACAAGAAAAAGAAUCUAACAAAGGCCCCUGAGCAAAGAGUCGAAGACUCGUUAACUCAGCCUGUGAUUGCCAAUGAUGUUAUGGAACCACAGAUGCACAAGUUCCCGAGAACUUGCUCUCUAACUCAUUUAUGGGAGUAUGAAUACAUGACCUCAAUCACCCAACUCCUGGAUGAAAAUGCAUACAAUGCGCCCUUCAACAAUCAAGAAGCGAUAUUCGAAAAUGGGGGCGAAAAGUACCAGCCAGGGCAAGUUCAGCUACCUUACACAGACGCCACGAAACUCCAAGUCCAUCAGUCGAUUUUUGUGAAUCCAGUGUCUCAACUGCAGUGAACAAGAACAACAUCGGAUUAAGGAACUAAGCCAGCAGCAAGUGUACAGAGAAUGUUGGCGAAAAAUGAUCUUCGUCAACUGUGCAGAUAGCUUGAUCAUAGUAGCUGGUGGUGGACAAGUCCAACUGCUGUUAAGCUACAUACUUCUAAUCUAGUGGUGUUGGGCCAUAGAUCAAUUUAUGAUUGCUUUUAGAUUUGUGCUAUAUGCUUUUUGGUGAUAUAAAGAUUUUCCUAUUUGUGCUAAA